CCGGGAGACUCGGACUCAGGGCUGGGGAGCGAGGACAACAAGUUGCCAUCGAGCUACAGAGUUUGUGAUCGUCUGUCGACAUCAUGGCUGAAGGUGGUGACAGGGAAGGUGAUUCAGUGGCCUCUACAUCAAAGAAACAAAAAGGUGGGAAAUUAACUCAAGUGGGAAAGGCCUUCAAAAGGCUUUGGCCAGGCACCUCAUCAAAAGAAGAUGGUCAGAACACAGGAACAACGACAGAAAAGCAAAGUGGGAUUGAGAGCAGAACAUCAAUGGAAUGUGAACCCGCCGAAGAGGAAAGGGAACAAUGUCAGUCCAGAGGGCAAGGAAUAGGAGACGUGGUUCACGGCCCUGGAACUGACCCAAGUGGCAAAAUCCAUCAUGACCGAGAUUCAUCAAACAAGGAAUCAUCGAGUUUCAUCCAAGGAGCAGAGCAGCAGAAUAUAGUAACACCUAUCCACACCACGGCUGAAGUUGGAAACAGGACUGCGGCUCCAGUGACCUCAACAACAAGGAUGGACACAGAUGUAACGCCUACAUUCUCUGAGCUCCUGACACAGUGGAACGACUACCAAUUAUUCCAACUGACAAAAUUCUAUCGGGAGAGACUGAAACAGGCGAUUGAAGAAGGGGUUGAAAGUCUCCGUCUCAUGAUGAGGCCUCAGGGAUAUUUCAGUGAACAAGAACACAGGAGCGUCGCUGAGCUGGUGGCAAAGGGAAACCGCAGAGACAGUUCCAUACUCUUCCACAGUCUGGUGAUGGAGAAGGGUAACCGUGCCCGGCGGGUGAUGUGGGAAUCCUUUGUGAAAAUGCAGAAUGAAUUACCAAAGCUGAACAAAAUACUGAAAGAAAUCCAGGAGCUCGGUCCUGAUACAGAAGAAUACAUGAACAUCCUCAGAGGUUUAACUGAAUUACCCUCUCAUAUGGAAGAUGUUCAACAGAAACACAAGGAGACUCUGCGAGCACAGACUGAAACACUGAGCGUGAACACCAUCCUGAUGAAGGAGAAGGUUAAGGAUUUCCAGCUGCUUGAUCGAUACGCUGAGCUCACAAUCAUCUCCACUGUUCGAGAUCGGACACUGGUGGAACAUGAGCUGCUGGCAAGAGGCCGGGACCAUGAAGAGUGGAGAGAGGAAUGUCUCCGGGGAGAACUGGAAAAAAUCAGGACAGAUCAAUUGUUCCACAGCAGCUUUUCCCGGAGUAAAUCCCGAUCUGGGAGUUCAGCAUCAGUGGCCGGAGUCGCGGGGAUCGGAAAAACAACAAUGGUGCAAAAGAUUGUUCAUGACUGGGCCACGGGGAAAAUAUACCAACACUUCCAGUUUGUCUUCAGUUUCAAAUUCCGGGAUUUGAACACUAUUAACUGCAGAGUAAACCUGAGGGAACUGAUUCUGGAUCAGUAUCCUUACUUUGGGAAUAUGCUGCGGGAGGUCUGGAAGAACCCAGAGGGAUUGCUGUUUAUAUUCGACGGUCUGGAUGAAUUCAAGGGCAGAAUCGAUUUUGCUGACAGUCGGAGAGACACAGAACCUAAGCACCAGUGCCCAGAUCCCGAGUGGUGGUGUGAAGUGUCUGACAUUGUGUACAGUUUAAUCCAGCACAAGCUGCUCCCAGGGUGUUCAGUGCUAGUGACCACCCGCCCCACUGCGUUACAUUUACUGGAAAAGGCAGAGAUCAGUGUCUGGGCUGAAAUCCUGGGAUUUGUUGGUGAGGAACGGAAGGAAUAUUUCACCAGGUAUUUUGAAGAUCAGACGGUGGCAGCAGCUGUUUUCAAACAUGUGAAGGAGAACGAGAUCCUGUACACCAUGAGCUACAACCCCUCCUACUGCUGGAUCCUUGUCCUGACACUGGGCCCCUUCUUCACACAAACACACCGGGACCCGCAGCGAGUUCCCAAGACCAUCACACAACUAUAUUGCUACUUUAUUUACAACAUCCUGAAAAACCACGGCCGUGAGAUUGAGAACCUCCGUGAGGUGUUACUGAGGGUUGGUCAGAUGGCCUUCACUGGAGUGGCUGAGAAGAACAUUGUGUUCACAGAUGGAGAUUUGAUCAAAUACAAUCUGCAGCCUUCCCAGUUCCUGUCCGGGUUCCUGAUGGAACUUUUGGAGAGAGAGGAUUCAGCCCGGAGCGUGGUGUACACCUUCCCGCACCUCACCAUCCAAGAGUUUGUAGCCGCACUCGCACAAUUCCUGACUGUAGAUCCCGGGAAUAUCGUGAAACUCCUGUCUGAAGCCCACAGCACGACAGACGGGCGAUUUGAAGUAUUUCUCCGUUUUGUCGCUGGUCUCUCCUCCCCACGGACAGCUUGGAUCCUGGAGGAGUUUCUGGGUAAAUUCCCUCAUCAAACAAUCUGCCGAGUGAUUGACUGGGUGAAGGAGGAGGUUAAACGCCGGGCUGGAAACACAGAGAGUGAAGCUGAUAAACGGAGCCUCCUGAACACGAUGCACUACCUGUUUGAGUCUCAGAAUCCUGCACUGGCUCAGCAGACACUGGGAUCUGUGGAAACACUUUCAUUCCGUGGACUGGGACUGACCCCGAUUGACUGUGCGGUCCUGUCUCAUGCCAUCAGGCUCUGUGAUACAAUCAAACACCUCGAUCUGGAGAGCUGCCGCAUUCAGUGUGAAGGUCUCCAGCGGCUGGGACCGGCUCUGCACAAGUGUCAGUACUUGGGACUGGGAAACAACGACCUGGGAGAUUCCGGAGUGAAACUGGUGUCUGCGGCUCUGAGGAACCCGGACUGUAAAAUACAGUCACUGUGGCUGGAUGAUGUCGGUCUCACAGAUUCUGGAGCCAAGCAUUUCGCCACCACUCUCAGUACGAACUGCUCACUGAUGGACCUGGAGCUGAGUAGGAAUAAGCUAGGAGAUCCCGGAGUGGAAGUGGUGUCUGUGGCUCUGAGGAAACGGGACUGUAAAAUACAGAGACUGGGACUGGACAAUGUCGGUCUCACAGAUUCUGGAGCCAAGUAUCUCGCCUCCGCUCUCAGUACAAACUGCUCACUGACAAAGCUGAACAUUGGGGACAACGCGCUGGGAGAUUCCGGAGUAAAACUGGUGUCUGCGGCUCUGAGGAGCAUCGACUGUAAAAUACAGAGACUGGGGCUGGAACGUGUCGGUCUCACAGAUUCUGGAGCCGAGGAUCUCGUCUCCGCUCUCAGUAGAAACCCCUCACUGACGGAGCUGGAGCUGGGAUACAACUCCCUCACGGACCGAUGUGUCCCCGCUCUCUGCUGCCUCAUACAGAACCUCCCGAGACUGAAGCAGAUCGAGCUGUGGGGGAAUCAGUUCACUGCAGAUGGACGGAACCAGCUGCAGAGUCUGCGGGGAAUCAGACCCGGACUGGGAGUAACCGUGUGAACAUCUCUGGGUGUAAACGCCACUGCCCUGGGGACCGGAAUAUUGUUCGCCGAUUCCCCGCCCUCCCCUUUAAGC